UCAGUGUGAAGGCCCUGUGUUCAGCCUCCCAGUCCUGCCUGUCGGGGAGACCCUUAAUUUAAUUGCAUUUACAGUCCCUGGCCACGUAAGGUGCCGUAGGUUGUGUUCUGAGAAUUCGGCUGUAGGUAGCCUGGGUAGGGGGCGUUGUUUAGCCUUUGUAUAUAGGCCGGGAAGGACUGGAAGUGAUUUGGCUAAGUUUGUAGAGGAGGAGGAGGGUCUGAGGACUCAAUCCGGGUUUAAGAAACAACAUGAGUAAAUGUUGGGGGCGUGGAUGACCCUUCUCCCGCUGAAGAGAGGUGCCAGGGGCUUCCCUUCCUUCCCCAGGCGCGGCCAAGGGAGUUUUCUGGGCUUCGUGUAGGCGCUGACCUCCUCCUGGAAUGCAGGUGGGAGGCUCCACGGCGUGGCCGCAGUCCUUUCCCGACAUGCCCUGCUGUCUGAGGUGGUGGGAAAACAAAUUCCUCAGGGAAAAUGAAUGAGCCGGCUGGGCCGGGUGGCCCGGAACCCGUCCCACAGCCUGCGCAGCCACUGCGGGACACGUUGUGCACCCUGGAUGCAGUCGCUCCCCAGGGAGCCCGCUGGGGCUGGGCCCUGAGUCUGCAGGAGGCCUGGGGGCAUCGGGGAGCUAGGAGCUGGGGCAGAGGCAAGGGCCGGAACUCUGGGGGCCCUCCCUCCCCCAGAGCGCCGCCGAGCUGGGCUUUCCUGGGGACAGUUCGGCGAGGGGCGUGGCGUGGGGCGUGCCGAGCUGCCCGGGAGAGCACAGCAGAGUUUGUCCAGAGUUUGUCCAACCCGAUUGGAUUGCUCCCUACCCUGUUUGUCUGGAAAAGUUGUGGCUGCUCUCUCUUGCCUCGCUCUGGCUCCCUUCCAGAGGCGGUUCUGGAAGUGGAGCUGGGGAUUGCUCCAGGGCAGGUCAGAGGUCCUGCGGUGGCCCUGGCGUUUGAGAUCUUUGGGGUGUCCAGGACAGGCGCGUAGCUGUGCCGAGGUGCAGGGGGGCAGGUGGACGGAGGCCGCGGAGGCUUCUCAAGGCCUUCCCGUGCGCAGGUCCAGGCUGGAUUCUUCCCGAGGACUUUGGAGCCUUACCUUCGGGGGAGCCCCCGCGCUGCUUUUCUGCCCGCCUCCACCUCCGAACGGGUGUGGGCUGUGGAGCUUCCCUGUGGGGUGAGGUGGAGUAGGUGAGAGCAUGACGUCAGCCUCCCCACCGCUCCUGCUGUCGUCUGCGCGGGGCGGGGCGGAGCAGCAGCAUUGUGGCUGAAUCCUGGGGAUCCCCCAGGACCACCGGAAGCAACAGGUCCAAAGACUCCAGAAUCUCCCCGAGGUGCCCUCCCCAGGCAACAAUGCCAGGAUGCCUGUCUCUGCCACCCUGCACCAAGAUGGCAGCCAGGAGCGGCCAGCAAGCCUGACGUCCACCACCUCCUCAUCCGGCUCCUCCCGUGACAGCCGCAGCGUCAUGGAGGAGCCCACUGGCCCCGAGGCUGCAGCCCAGAACGGGCACGGCCCCAACAGCAACAACAAUUCCAGCGGCUGGCUGCAUGCGAAGGGACCCCUCUCCCCACUCAGCAGCCGGGCUGCGGGGGGCACGCAGCACAAGCUCAGCUACCUGGGCCGAGUGGUGCGGGAGAUCGUGGAGACGGAGCGCAUGUACGUGCAGGACCUGCGCAGCAUCGUGGAGGAUUACCUCUUGAAGAUCAUCGAAACGCCCGGGCUGCUGAAGGCGGAGCAAGUCAGCGCUCUCUUCGGGAACAUAGAGAGCAUCUAUGCGCUGAACAGCCAGCUCCUCAGAGACCUGGACAGCUGCAACAGUGACCCGGUGGCCGUGGCCAGCUGCUUUGUGGAAAGGAGCCAAGAGUUUGAUAUCUACACCCAGUACUGCAACAACUACCCCAACUCGGUGGCCGCGCUGACCGAAUGUAUGCGGGACAAGCAACAGGCCAAGUUCUUCCGGGAGCGCCAGGAGCUGCUGCAGCAUUCGCUGCCCUUGGGCUCCUACCUGCUGAAGCCCGUCCAGCGCAUCCUCAAGUACCACCUGCUGCUCCAGGAAAUCGCCAAACAUUUCGAUAAAGAAGAGGAUGGCUUUGAGGUGGUGGAAGAGGCCAUUGACACCAUGACCUGUGUGGCCUGGUACAUCAACGACAUGAAGAGGAGGCACGAGCACGCGGUCCGGCUCCAGGAGAUCCAGUCUUUGCUCAUCAACUGGAAGGGCCCUGACCUGACCAUCUACGGGGAGCUGGUCCUGGAGGGCACCUUCCGCGUGCACCGCGUGCGCAACGAGAGGACUUUCUUCCUUUUCGACAAAACACUGCUCAUCACCAAGAAGCGGGGAGAUCACUUCAUCUACAAGGGUCACAUCCCGUGCUCCUCGCUGAUGCUGAUCGAGAGCACCAGAGACUCCCUCUGCUUCACCGUCACUCACUACAAGCACAGCAAGCAGCAGUACAACAUCCAGGCCAAGACCGCGGAGGAGAAACGGAGCUGGACUCACCACAUCAAGAGGCUCAUCCUGGAGAACCAUCACGCUACCAUUCCCCAGAAGGCCAAGGAAGCCAUCUUGGAAAUGGACUCCUAUUAUCCCAGUCGCUAUCGCCGCAGCCCCGAGCGGCUGAAGAAAGCUUGGUCGUCCCAGGACGAGGUGUCUACUCACGCGCGCCAGGGGCGCCGGCAGUCUGAGCCGACCAGACACCUGUUCAGGCAACUCAGCGACAAAGUGGUGGUGUCAGCAGCCAGAGCAGCAGGAAUGAAGCAUGCGGGCAGUGCUGGUGCCCUCCUGGACUUUGGGCGGCCACCCCAGGCACGGGGCCUGCACCCCGAGGCUGAGGGAGCUGCCGGAGAGGAGGAGGAAGAGGAGGAAGAAGAGGAGGAGGUGGUGGAGGAAGAGGAGGAGGAGGAGGAGGAGGAGCAGGCCUUUCCGGUCUCUCUGGAGGACCUGGCAGGGCAUGGAGGCAGCAGGCAGGGGGCCAGGCCAACGCCCCCAGGCUCGGAGGAGGAGGAGGAGGAGGAGGAGGAGGAGGAGAGUCUGGCAGUGGCGGAGCAGGGGAAGGGACGCCGGGAGUCUGAAGGCUCCAAGAAUUGCAGAAGGCCUAGCAGCCGGUCUCCGACCAGUGCUGGCAAGCGCAUGAGCUUCGAGUCCAUCUCCUCCCUGCCGGAGGUUGAAGCGGAUCCUGGUCCUGGGGCCGAUCAGGACGUCUUUGCUGUCAUGGAAGGUCCUGGCACCGAGGAGAUGCCCUCAGACACAGAGCCACCGGAAGUCCCGGAAAUAGACCUCGACACUCACCAGGAUCUGCUGGGGAUGGACCACCCGGUGGACCUGGAGGAUUUCGUGGUGGCCGAGAACACCGAGGACCUUAAGGCCCUGAGCAGCGAGGAGGAGGAGGAGGAGGUGGUGGGGGCAGCCCCGGAGCCCGAGAGCCUCCUGCCCCCCUCUGUGCUAGACCAGGCCAGCGUCAUUGCUGAUCGGUUCGUCAGCAGCUUCACUCGGUGCAGCAGCGUGACCCCGGAGGAUGGCAAUGGCAAGUGCAGUGGCUUCGGGACGCCACGGCUGGUCAGCCUGGAGGGCAGCGAGAAGGGCCUAGCCCGGUGGGGGAGCACAACAGACUCCCUCGGCUCCCAGGCUGCCCCAGAAGUGGGCAUCGCCGUGGGAGUGGCCACAGAGAGUGGCUUUUCUGCCAGCGAGACAGAGUCCCCAAAUGCAGGCUGCCCAGUGGAGCCUGACAGAUCUUCCUGCAAGAAGGAAUCCGCUCUCUCCACCCGAGAUCGGCUUUUGCUGGAUAAAAUUAAGAGCUACUAUGAGAACGCCGAGCAUCACGAUGCCGGCUUCAGCGUCCGGCGCCGGGAGAGCCUCUCCUACAUCCCCAAAGGAUUGGUGAGGAACUCUGUCUCCAGGAUCAACAACCUUCCGGGGCCAGACCCGAAGCCAGCAGCUCCAGCAGGGUACAAAAGACAGGGCGGCUCCCGGGUGGCGUCAUGGGCCUUGUUUGACCUCCCGGGGCUCAAACAGGCGGGCGCAGAGGACCCGGCUCCUGUCACGGAUGCUGAGUUCCGCCCGUCGUCGGAGGUCAUGAAGAUGUGGGAGAGAAUGGAGUCUGCUGAGCGAAGCCCCCGGCAGGGGCCGGGCCAGGGUCAGGCCAACGGCUUUGACCUGCAGGAGCCGCUCUUUAUCCUGGAGGAGCAUGAGCUGGGCGCCAUCACCGAGGAGUCGGCGGUCGCCUCACCGGAAAGUGCCUCGCCCACGGAGCAGCGCAGCCAAGCCCGCCUGGCCCGGGAGCUGAAGGAGCUGGUGAAGGAGCUGAGCAGCGGGGCCCAGGGGGAGCUGGUCACCCCGCUGCACCCGCGCAUCGUGCAGCUGUCCCAUGUGAUGGACAGCCACGUGAGCGAGCGCGUCAAGAACAAGGUCUACCAGCUGGCCCGCCAGUACAGCCUCCGGAUCAAGAGCAUCAAGUCGGUGGCGGCCCGGCCACCGCUGCAGUGGGAGAGUGCCGCUCCAGGCACGGACGGGAGGAGCCCCACCAUUCCCUGCCUGCAGGAGGAGGCCGCCGAGCUGUCUGAUGGCAGAGGCCAGAGGAAGCCCGUGCUGUCCCUCUUCAGCUCUGAGCCCCUGGGGGCCCAGGCGCACAGCCCUCCCAAGCCCUCCUCUGCGGGGGAGACGUCGCCACGGCGCUUCUCCUUCAGCCCCUCUUCGGGCAGCCCGAGCACCACCUCGCCAGGGGCCCGGCUGUCCUCUCGGAGCCCCCUCAGCUCCUUUGACACCGAGACCUUCCACUGGCCCGACGUCCGAGAGCUCCGCUCCAAGUAUGCCCACGACGAGGCUGUGCAGGCCGAGGCCAGCCGGCCCCGUGCCCCGCCGGUCGGUCGGAGUCGCUCGGUGCCCGAGAACAUGGUGGAGCCGCCCGUGUCGGGCAGGGUGGGCCGCUGCAGCAGCCUGCGCACCAGGAGGAGCCGGACAGGCGGCGAGGAUGCCCAGCCCCCGCCCCCUGGGCCGCAGAACGAAAGCCGGCUGAACGGAGGCGAGGUCCUGUGCGUCACUGCAGACCUCACCCUGGACAACAACCAGCGGGUGAUCGUCCUGGAGAAGCGGCCCCUUCCCAGCCCCACCGCGGGGCCCGAGGAGGAGGGCCGCGCGCAGGGACCGAGUUCGCCGCGGGCCGAGGAGGGACAGGGCCGAGACUCCCAGCUGAAGGGAAGAGGACCCAGGGACCCAGCAGACCCAAGCAAGCAGGGCCGAGUGAGAAACCUGAGAGAAAAAUUCCAGGCUUUGAACUCUGUGGGUUGACUUGAGUCCUGUGGGAGGAGGAGCCGUGUUGGGGAUGGACGAGAGCCCGACGUGUCCACGAGGACCGGCCCACGCGGUGGAGGAAAGCUCUAGUGGAGGCGUGGCCGCACCCCUGCGGCUUGUGAUAACCUGUGCUCCAGCCCGGACGAGCCGUUCUUCCCCUCCGAGGCUGGUGUGGCCACCUUCUUGUAAAUAGUUCUCUGGCAAACAGCCAGAUAUUUAAGCUCACCUCUGCCCAGGGAGAGGAAGUGCUGCCUGUGCUCAGGCCUCGGGCUUUGGCUGGUCACCGCCAGGCCGAGGGCCCGGGGGGAGACCCCGGAAGUGGCUCGGGCAGCCUUUGCUCUUUAACUGUGCCUUUUCUUAGGACUUGGGCAGAAACGAGGCCAAUAAUUUAUUGCUUUUCAUUCUGUGGUGUGUGUGUGUGUGUGUGCACGCGCGUGUGUGCGUGUGAGCAAGUGUGUGUCCUCCUGUUGUUUAUUCCCCUCCUGUGAAGAAUGUGCCGGACUUAGUGCAGGUACUUGGGAGGGUUGUUGCGGACCCCGCUGUUGUCGCUGAUGUACACAUGUUUCAUUAUUUGCCAAUGGUGCAAUAACCACUGCUGACCAGCGGA